AUGCCACCCAAACGACCCAAGUUGGAGAGUCUUUGCUUAACACCUUCUGAGAAGGCAGUAUCGAUAACGGACACUUUAACACUAGUUGUGAAAGGCGAUGGUGGGGCUGAAGUGCGCGUGAAGGCGAGCGGCAUCGCGUCAGCUUCACCCGCCACAUCUGAAGCUGCCGAUGUCAAGCUUGAUCCAUGUGUUGAAGUUGACAAAAUAAAAUUUGAGGAUCUUCAGACGCGUCAUGUUUUAGGUAAGGGGUCGCAGGGUAAGGUGAAACUUGUGCGCCACCGUCCGACAGGUAAAACGUAUGCUCUGAAAUAUAUCCACCUCGAUGGUGACACUGAUAAUAUGCGUGAAGCCCUCGAAUCCGAGUUGAGACAGGUUAGGGCCGUGAGACACAGGAAUGUUGUUACGUCAUAUGAGGCGUAUUUUCGAGAAGGAAGGCUUUACAUUGUGCUAGAAUACAUGGACGCUGGAAGCAUGGCAGACAUCUUGAAACGGCGGUCCAAUCAUUUUACGGAAGAAAUGUUAGCCUACGUCGCUAGAGAGCUGCUUUAUGGUGUUGAGCACCUUCAUUCACUGAAAAUGAUACAUCGUGACAUCAAGCCUGUGAAUGUUCUGGCGAACUCCUACGGUGAAGUUAAGAUAGCAGAUUUCGGUGUGGCAAAGAAGCUCUCCGAUGGGGGUGAGGGGACGAUGUCUGCACAAGGUUCAGUUAUAUAUAUGAGCCCUGAAAGGAUUAAUGGGGAAUUAUAUUCCUUUAGCAGCGACAUAUGGAGUGUAGGACUGACGAUAGCGGAGUGCGCACUGGGGGUAUACCCCUUUACGUCCCUGAAGAACAAUAUUUUUGAUCUACUCCAGGCUAUUGCUACGCGAACCGCGUCAAUUGACUGGAAAUCGACCGGUCGCGAACAUAGUGCUCAGCUUAUUGAUUUUGUAAACCACUGUCUUCUCCCUGCCGCCUCUCGGCCGUCAGCGAGGGAAUUGCUACAGCAUCCGUUGAUUCAGGUAGCGGAGGGUGUAAGCGCUUCUGACGCAGGAAGAUGGUUCACCACAGUAUCCUGA